AUGUUUUUCCUCCAGGAGCCGCCCACAGAUGUGAAGUCUAAAGACGCUCAGCUGAAACUUCUAAAACAGAGAAACCUGAAACUGAAGGAGACAAAGAGCAGACCCUCCGGCCUUCCAACAGUAAGUGAACCAGUUCAGUCGGCUUCCUCCAACCGGCCCCCGAGUCCUCCAGCAGAGCCGCCACCAAAGCCGUCGAAGCGUCUGAUCAUCAUGGCGGAGUGUCAGUGGGCGUGCGAGGCUGACCAGAGCCUUGUUCUGAAGGAGCUGUGUGAAAGGAUGGCCUGGGACCGCCUGGACCAGCCGUUCUGGAUCAAGAAGUACCUCAUCAGUCCGAUGGGUCAGACCGUGGAGGAGAGUGGCCCCAACCGCUGCAUCCAGUAUAAAAUCCACAUCUCCAGACCCAAACUGGAGCGGGAAAAACCAGCAGCCCAAAUGAAACCAACACAGCGAGCAAAACAGAGAGAGAGAAAACAACAACAACAGGAGGUCAGGGGGACGGAGCCUGUUGAAGAUUGGCAGCAGGCGGUGGAGGAGGAAGAGCCUGUUGAGGAUUGGCAGCGGGAGGUGGAGGAGGAAGAGGCGGCGCCUCCUGAAGAUUGGCAGCGAGAGGUGGAGGAAGGUGACAUUGAGGAGGAGGCGGGAUCAACUGUUCACCAGGUGCAUGAUGGGAGAAAUACUGGCAGAGAGGAAUUGAAAAUGAGAUCAGAGGAGAAGAAGAAGAUGGCGAGUAUGGCCCUGCCAUUCCUGACAGGAGUGUCACCCGCCGGCUUCCUCUCAGCCAAUAGGAAACAGCCGGGAGGAACAGACCAUACGGUCCAGGUCAAUGGGAAGCUCUAUCCUCUGGCCAAGAUCCAGUUGGGGAAGAUGGGGGCGCUUCAUCCGGCCAACCGGCUGGCGGCCUACCUCACUGGCCGGGUGGGGUCCAACUGGAGGCAACAAGGUUCUUCUUCUUCCUCCUCGAAACCUCUUCAGAGUUCAGGACCGACCCCUCAGACUGUCUCCCUGACUUCUUCCCCGCCCAGGUCUCAGCCGUUGGUGGCAGUGCUCACCCCCCCGUCCUCGUCUACAGGUGAACAGGCCUUAAUUUUAGUCUAGAGGGAUUGUUUACAUUCAUAC